UAUGUUUUGCGACAGUAAUGGGAAGUGUCGCAAACGUGUAGGAGGCUUUGUGCGCUGUUCGUUACGUAGAGAGGUAACCGCCUACACUGACCUGGAUAUCUGUGGCUGAGGAGGACUCCACCGACCUCUUUUAAUAUCAUGGAUUUAAAGGCAACAAUAUGUCGGUUUUGUGCUCAUCGUCAGUGGAUAGGUCCCGGUUGUACGGCGUGUGUGAUGUCCCGGUGCUUUGCGAUAUUGUGACGCGAGGAAGAAGGGCUUGUUUAGCAACUAAAGAGACAGUAUCGAUAAGUUAGCAAUCAAAACCUGGACUGGAUAGCUUCUGUAUGCAAAUUCGGUAUUUAAUUGUCUCCGUUCGCCCCGCCUGCUUCUGCAUUUGCUGACUAGAACUGGAUAUCUCUCCUGACUGUGUCGUAACAUCAACAUUACUAAGAGACAACAGUAUUUACUCCUCUGAAGCGAGGAAGUGCAGCUGCGUCAAGGUAGCUGAACUGCACGAACAUAAGACCGGAGGUUGGAUGAUUUCCCUUCACAGUGAAGACGCCAAAUAUAUAAGUUUUGAUUUGAAAUAACCAUGUGUUGGGUCGUAUUAGUUAGUAACUCUAAGAAAAGACGACAGCUGAGUUAUUACUAGCAACAGCAUUCUCAGUCUUUAGCAUUACCGUGGAACGCUGCAUUAUCUAUACGGCUCAGUCGGUUUUAUUUUGGAAUAUGUGAACGGAAAUAGGGCUUGGCUCUGCUGGUUUUGACACUGGUAGGAAGUGGGAUGUGGCCAGGAUGUAUUUAUGCUGCUGUUCAAGAUAUGAAAAUCAUUGAAUUAGCGCUUGUUCGGGAGCUCUGCUUCACCGCCGUACACAGCGGGCGACACGACAGCGUGGUUGUCCGUCAAUGUGCUGGUUGUCGUUGGUGGAAAACAGCGAACACUAGCGAGGCUGCUGUGCUGCUUUCAUCUGGGUUGAACCAUUUCCAUGAAGGCUUCUCAACCUCACGCCCAAACAGUUUGUUGAAUUUGUCUGCGGGGCUGCAUUCUCUGCUUACGUAAUAACAGUAUGUGAAUCGAUACAGUCACAUCAUUUACUUUAUUAUUUUAUAUUUUUCUUGGACAAAGACUUUGUGCGUUUUUUGCCCCCUUUUAAUUUAAAAAAAAAUGUCAACAACUCAGCAUCAAGUGAUGAUGGAGUCCUCUCUAGCUCUCGGCAGACUGGAACUGACCCCCAGCUCUGCCGCUGUUGGGGUCAGCCUGACCUCGCGGCUCCCCGGCGGCCCCCCCGCCAAAGAGAAGAGCGACCAGCGACCUCAGGGGCCACAGGUCCAGGCUCACCUGAACGGCUGCGUCCCGCUGUCACAUCAGGUGGCGGGUCACAAGUAUGGAGUGGAUAAAGUGGGUAUUUUGCAGCAUCCAGAUGGAACAGUCCUGAAGCAGCUUCAGCCUCCACCAAGAGGUCCACGAGAGAUGCAGUUUUACAGCAUGGUAUAUGCAGAGGACUGCUGUGAUCCAUGUCUUCUUGAGCUCCAGAACCAUCUGCCCAAAUAUUUCGGCACCUGGUCCUCUCCUGACAGUCCCAACGACCUGUACCUGAAGCUGGAAGAUGUGACUCGACGCUUCGUCAAGCCGUGCAUCAUGGACGUGAAACUGGGCCAGCGGAGCUACGAUCCAUUCGCUUCGCAGGAGAAACGAGAACAGCAGAUCAGGAAAUACCCACUGAUGGAGGAGAUAGGCUUCCUGGUCCUCGGCAUGAGGGUGUACAAGCUUUGCAGUGACACAUUUGACUCGUACGACCAGCACUAUGGCAGAGGACUGGUUCAGGACACUAUUAAAGAUGGCCUCGCUAAAUUCUUCAACAAUGGUAUUUGUCUGAGGAAGGAUGCAGUGUCAGCCAGCAUCCGCAGAGUGCAGCGCAUCCUCCACUGGUUUGAGUCCCAGCACCAGCUGGCCUUCUACGCCAGCUCCCUUCUCUUUGUCUAUGAGGGCCUGCCCUCCUCUUUCUCCUCAUCUUCCUUUUCUUCCCUUCUCACCACCCCAACGAUCAGCCCGACUGCAGGUGACGGCGGUCGGGGCGGGGAGGAGAAAGGGAGACAGGAAGGGGCGGACCAGAAAGAGGAAGUGGCUGAGUACAACAACAACAAUAUUCAGGUGGCGGUGCCCUGGGACUACAGCCUAGCCACCAUUUACACCAACCACAGGAAAGGUGGCCUCCACCACUGUGCCAAGAGUCAUCUCCAUGGCAACAGUGGAGACGGUGACAGUGUGGAGACAACAGUGAGCUCAGUUUCUGGAGAUAACAUAUCAGCGCUGUGUGAGGAAGACAACUCCGCAUGGAAACGAACAGGUGAGUCACAGCAACCACCGAACGGAAACGGAAACAAAUCACAACUGGAAGGGAAGGAUGAGGAUGGAGAGAGGGAGGACAGCAGCAGCAGCACAAGGAGAGAAGAGGAGGAAACGAAAGGACGAGGAGGCGACGCAACAGAUAGAAGCGGAGGAGACGCUGAGGUGGAGGUCAGAAUGAUCGACUUUGCCCAUGUUUUCCCGAGCGAGAGCCAUGAUCAUGGCUACAUCUACGGCCUCAAACACCUGCUAACAGUGCUGGAGCAGAUCCUCUGUGAUGCCACCUAGAUUUUGACUUAUCCUGACCCUCUCUUUACCUCCUGACCUGCUUAAAGUGAACCACUGUCUCCUCCCUGUCAACACUCCCUCCUUAAAAGACAGAAACCUUAGAGGAGAGAGGGAAGCAUCAAAAAAGUGAAUAUCAUCAUCAUCAUCUCACCCGAUUGUGAUGGUCCAUUAGUCGUGUGUGUGUGAGUGUGUGUGUGUGUGUGUGUGUGUGUUUGUCUGUCUGAGUGGAGGUAGUAGAGGCUGACAGCUGUGUUUUCCCUGUGAACAGCAGUACUCAUGUACUAAUCGAUCCAUGAAGGCAUUACGACCCUGUUAGACACAUCUGCUUCAGCUGCUUGGUUUACUGAUGCUCAUACAAGCUCUACAAUGUCACCUGACUACCUGUAGUCCAUUUGAAAUGAUAUAUUUUUAUACCAUGUUCACUGAAAAUAACUGGAAGGUUUGUGUUAAAAUUGUAUCUCAGUACACCUGAAAUCAGGAGUAAGCCAGAGAUCUUUGUAUACCGUAUAUGGGUAGUAACUAUCCCUUUAAUAUCUCUGGUUGUAUUGGACCGUUUAAGAGAAAUGCUGCAAAUCAGUGAGCAGUACAGUUUUAUGGCAGUAUUAGCUUUACAGGAGUGAGGUGUGAUCAAAUACUUAAUUUUUCAGAUGCGAUUCACAAGCUGAAAGAAAAGUUGACUAUAUCAUGAUAUGAUAUAUAUAAAUAUAUAUACAAUUAAUACUGUGAUACAAGAUUUUAUUGAUAUUGCCCCCCCACCACCUUCAGUUCCAGUGCUUUCAACUUAAUCACUUCAUCAGUUAAUAAAAUAUGUUCAGUUGUCAGGGCGAUGGAUCUGUUGACAUGUAAGCUUAGUAGCUGUUACAGUUUCAUCCAUAGACAUCCAGUCAUCCCAUUAAAACAAAGGACGAUUUUGACAAGCAUCAGAAAUGGAUCUGGUGUUAUAUGGCCAGUACCAAUCCAACCAAAACAUUCUUGGAUCAGGCCAGGACUCCUGGUCCUGUGGAUAGGCUCACUCUCUUCUGCUCAAAAGGUUUUCAUCAGCAUAUGCAGUUUGCUCAGUUGUCAAGGAAACAGAUCUGUUGACACGCUCCUUCAGUAGCUGUUAUGAUUCGGGAUUGGGAUCAUGUUCACAGGUUUUCCCCUGGAGUUUUUUGAUGGAUGGCGAUCCGUUUCCACAGGAUCAGGACUUAAGCCGAUCUACUGGUUUUAUAUACUGAAACUCCAUUUUUCAUUUUCAGUGAAUUCAAAAUCAGACAGAGUUGGUGCAUUUUGGUUAAGAUGAGGUGUCAUCACAUCAUCAACUAUUUCACCAUGCUGUCUGCCUAGAAAACUACCUAAACUUCAGUAACUGUUAGAAAUAGCACAAUUCAACUUUAUUCUGCUACAGCACAAACAUUUUUUUUAUCUGCUGACAGUCAACCAUAGUGAUUAACUGGAUUCGAUUCAUUUAGGUUUAACGUACACUGUUAAAUUACAAACAAACCAAGACCUGGAAACAAAAGUCCCUUCAGGAGUCCAUUGAAAGCAACAAGAGUUAGAUAAGGGUUCAGAACGGCCUCUCCAAGCUUAAACUGACACAGAUUUGCUGUGAGUUUGUGAGCAUCAGGCAAACCAAGACAUCUGGAGAAUUUAAUGUUUAAGGUGGGCCAUCAUUUUGUGUUUUUGUUUAAACCACUGUCAACAGGUAUCUAACUCAGGUAAAUUUACUGUAAGAAUGAAUACUUAAUAUUACUACUUUUAUCCUCUCAGCAAGAUGAUCCUCAUGCUGUCUGGUUGUUAAGUUCAAAAGGAUUGUUUUAUAUAGUCUUACUCAAUGUUUAUCUUAUCUCAUGAUUAACCUUAUCUCAUCAAUUUUGACCUUCGAGUCAUGUUUUUGACCUCUUAACCUUACAAUGACCUUACACACAUUGUAUUGUCUUUUACCAUGGCUGUUUUAAUUGCUGUUGUACAUGUUUGGCUGCCAAAUAACCUCUCCUGUCAGAAUCCUGUGCUCUUGCUGUGUUCUGAUUAUGUGAUGUCCCCCUCUGUCUGCCCUGGUUUGAGGAACGGGAUUAUAUCACUGAUGUCAUACCUUGCACUCCCCAUUUAAAAAAAAACAACCCUUUAUUCAUAUCAAAAGGUAAUACUGCUCAUGAGUAUGUUGGAUUUUAAUCAUGAGUUAUUCUAUCAUUAAGUUAUUGUAAUGUAAUGUUGAUUUGUAACUGGGGAACAGUAGGAAAACUCUGGUGAGUUGACUGUUUUGGAGGUUUUUGGGUUGGACAGAAGUGACAUGUUAUACUAUAUGACACAUGAUGUGCUGUGAUGGGUUAAUAUGAUAUUAUCUAAUAUGAUGCGACUUUUAUAACAAUUUUAAGAUUGUAGUAAUAAGAAACAUGCUGUUUUAGUGAGAGUCGACUGACAGACUCAGCAGAAAGUGACAGAAUGAUGAAGAGAAAGACAGCGACUGAAUGGUUUUAUUAUUUGUUUUUUUGGCUCGGUGCAGAUGGGCAGAAAUGUGAGAUUACUGAUCGCUAGUAAAACAGAAGUCAGCACAUCCGUUGUACACUAAACUAAGCUGGAGACACCCUCAGUAAUAGGGUUUUUUUGGUCACAUUUGGUAGGGUUUGACUAAUAUGGGUUUUUAGGCUGAUACAGACUGAUGCUGGAUAUAGUCAGUAUAUAUUGCACAAUUCUGAUAUUCUCAUACCAGGCAUGUCAAAAGUUUAGUGGAAUUGUAUCAUGAAUAAAGCUCUCCAGUUAACUGAUAAUAUUCCUGUAGCUUUGAUAUGAUGUAUGGAAGCCAAACAGCCCUGGUUGCUACAAAAAAUCCACUGUCCUGUCUUUGAGAUAGUGACUAUUCUCCUUUUCUAUAUGUUUGGUAAUAUGCAGCCCUGAAAGACAUAUAGACUGAACCCUCAGUAGGUUUUACAGUUAAACAGCACUGAAGAUGUUUAGAUCCUCAGUCAGUCUGUGAAGUCUAUAUCCUAUAAUCCUAUAUAUUGGUCUAACCCUACUUUCCAGUGUGAUGAUUGCAAAUGAAAUGUUCUGUCUCUCAGCUUUGUCUUCACACUUAAGACAGCGUGUUUUUGAUUAUUUGAAUACCUAAGAGACUCAACUGUGAGUUUUUAAGAUUGUUUGCUGUACUUUUUUUUUUUUCAUUUAUCCUCCUGUAAUGGUAAGCAGUUCUUUCUCUGCCACUGUCUGCUCUUAAGGUUUCAGUACCAGUUGACUGACUCCACAACCUGCUCUCGACACUAACGUUGGAGCUGCUUUAACAUGUGAGUGUCACUGCCCCAGCAUGCCACGAACCAUAUGCACAGGCCUCUCCAGUUUAUGUAGCGUGUAAAACAUGAAUAUAAUGAUAAAAUAAUGUAACUCCAUUAGAUGUAUUAUGAUUUUAAUCGGAAUCAAAAGAAACUGCGAACUCUUAAAAUAUAAUAUUUUCUCUAACAUUCUUACUUUUUAAUAAACUUGAUCGUUUGUUUGGAAUAAUCAAGGUGAAAGUCUAGUAGAGUCUUUUAAAGGAUGUUUACGGGAGUUUAAGGUUUUUUUUUUUUUUUUUUUUUUUUUUUUUUUAUCACUGCCUUAUUUUCUGUUGAUGACUCCAUGUUGUCUCUGUGUUUUGAAUAUUGACUAUUGAUCAUUCUGGCAGCUUUGUGAAUCUCCUCGCUGUGUUUCCAGCUCAUUGUAUCAUGGCAAGCUAACAAAAACCAUAUCAUGCAUUUUUAUACAGGGCAUUGUCGAUAGAAUUGGUUUCAUGAUUGACUGUCAGUGAUGCCACUUUUGACCAUUCAAUCAGUGUGAGUCAGAUAAUCAGGACAUGUUACUGAGACGUGGAGUUCAAGUGUAGGCGGGCAACAAAAUGUUACAUACAUAUACUGGAAGCGGCUGCUUUUUACACAAAAAUACCUGACCAGCAUUUAAUCCAUUCAUGUUUAACCCAUUUAUUACAAAUCAGCUCUACUUUCCAUUACAGCCAUCUAUUUUAUACAGCAGACCACAGCGUUUUACAUUGUUCAAAAUGUUAUUCCUGCUUUUCAGCCUGCCAUUGGUAUCCAUUCCACACCAUGUCUGAUUUUUAUUGUCAUUUAUAAAUGAAGAUUGAAUUAUCAUAAAAAAAAAUAAAUAAAUAAAAGCAGACAUGAUGGUCACUAUGGAGUCCUUUACACAUUGCUCAUAUGACAUUUCAGUCCUCAAGACUAAAAUGUAAUAUGAGCAAUAUGUAGAAUAAUUUUUCCAAAAGAUGUAAGGAUGAUAAAUCUCAUUAUAUUAGUGUUGGGCUGAUAAACCAUCAGAAAAAGACAGAUUGAUGAAAACACAACAUGGACAUGCAGUUUCAGUAGAGGUGUAACUGGUUUGGGUGCAUCACCUGCUUCUCUGACUUUCCACCACUGAUGAUCAGAAUGCAGAAUGUUAGAUUGACAAUGACAGUGAUCAGAUGAGAUGGUCAAAGUGAGUCUGUGGUAGGUUCGGCUGUACUGUACGUUGCUUUCUAUAUAUACUCUACUAAUUUGUUUACAUUUCAACUGCUCUCCUCAUGGCCAGGAAAGGUCAACUAGAGGCCAGAACAUGAUUUCUACUCUGUAACUCCAGGACUUUAAGGAUUGUUGGGUACUGGGUUAACUUUUUUUCUUUGUUUUUUUUUUUAUUGACUAUCAUGCACUGUAGACUAAUGAAAUAGCCCAUGUAUGACAUCUGUUGUACACAUUUUCUUUCUCCUGAAAACAAAAUGCAGGACUAGCUGCUCUUUAUUAAAGGACCAUAAAGGUGGUUUGACAUGUUUUAGACCAUUAACUACAAACCAUGUGUUCUUUACAUUCCCACCAGCCAUUUUCAAUACAUACUGCAUCAUCUCAUAAUCAGUUAUGUCAAAUCCACUGUUUUUAUCAUCAUCUCUAUUGUUAAAUUGCCUGCAUCAGAUCUGUUCAAAUCAUCUAGUUAUCAUACUCAGAACUAUUUGAAGAAAGUUGAUGGAGGCUGUUAUGUGUCUUUUCAUACAUGUGUCAUGAGAGAUCAGGCUGUUUUACUACAGUAAUGGCAAAGUGAGUGCAAAUCAAGUCCAAUCAGACACUGAAUAUCCCAAGUAAGUUAAAGUAAAUGAACAGAAAUUAAAAUUACAAUGUAAAAUAAGUUACUCUAAAUCAGAUGAAGAUAACAACUGAUAAUUCUAAGUUGGAUAAUUUUUGACAUUAAGUUAAAUUGUCAAUCUUAGUUCCAGAGUGAUAUGCUCAUUUCUUUUCAGUACACUUUGAAAAUUACUUCACAGAGAUUUGACGUUAUUGGGAUAUAGUCAUGCAGUUUGAAGUAGAGGCUCUUUUGUUCUCAUUUCUAGAUCCUCUACCACAGAAAGGUCUCUGGAUGUCAAAAAAACAACAUUUUUAUGUGAAGAAACAUCCAAAUUCUCAUAUUUAACACUCCUCUAAGAAGAUUCACAAAAAAGAAGAGCAACCACUGUAAAUAUUGCAGAAAACUUAAAGUAACUGCAAUAUAAUUGUCAUAGCAAUGAAGUGAAACCCAUGGCUGCCUAAUGGGAGGAAAGCCAUCUAAAACCUGAUGGAAUUCUUUUUAAAAUGGGCCUCAGUAAUGUGAAAUCUAGAAAGUUAAUGGACUAAAACAUGCAAAAGUGCAGCUCCUUAAUGGGUACCAGUAAGAAGAAGUGAGGAGGGUUAGGAGGACACUUGUGUCUUCCCAGCCAAUCAGAAUCAUUUGCUUUCAGUUAUGACGACAGCUUCAUCUGAAACCAUUUCACAUCCCACUUUGCCGUCUGUUUGGUUUCUUAACGCUGCAUUCAUGGCAUGUGGGAGUAAUCAUUCACUACAUUUAUCAGAGAUCUAAGCUGCAUUCACCAGUUCACAGUUGAGAUGACUUCAUUUUCAAAAGAUCCAUACAGUCUUUGACACAAAUGCAGUGUUAAGGAAAGAAAACAGUAUCUUGCACACAUUUUGCUGAAAAGCAACACAAGUCAUAUUUGAAAAAUCCAUCUCUGGUUCUGAUUGGAUGUGAUAUCUUUCAACCUUUUUCUUCUGGGUGACAACUUUUGAUCCACUUAAGUGUCUUCAUGUGAUGCCUGAUUCAGGUGUAACUGUACAGUCAGGAUGGCUGACUGGAAUAACAUUCAUGUGUGUAAAGGCUGAACAGUGUGAAUGGUGUCGCUGGGCUGCCAUCAUAAAAACAAAAACUUUUUGAAGGAUAGAAAUGUGGCAGGUCCAGUUCAGCUUCUCUACCAGUGCUGGAUUUCUGUGAAAGCUCGGCUACCUGCUGACAGAGAGAUGUACAACUGAAAUCCAGCAUAUGGAGUUGUGUGAGGAACUGAGCCUGCCCUGCUGAGCCCUGUAAUGGAACUGAGCUCUUAAAAUUCAUUGUGGAUUUUGAAGAGUGUUUGAAUUUUGAUAUACUGGAUUUAAUAUGUCUUAUAAAUGAGCCUAAAGCUGAACAGAAAUAUAAUCAGUGUACAUAAGGAGAGGAACUCAAACAGUUAAAGUCCCUCUACAACUACAAACCUGAUACUCAUUAUUUUUCAACAAUAAAAAUAUUAAUCAAA